AUAUAGCUUAGGUGGCCAAGCUAAGCCGUAGGGUAAGAAAAUGUAAAAAGAAUUUAACAGGAAAAUAAUCGAAGAAAAGCCACGUAUCCUUUAAAAAAAUUUAGUCGGCCAGAGAGAGAGGGAGAGAGAACGACAGUCCAACACUUUGGAAACUCUGAGCGGGCACAGAAAUAACAGAUGAGAGAAUAGAAAUGGAAGCUUAAAGAUCAAAAGAUGAGGGAAAUAGAGAACAACCCACUCUUUGAAGUUUGAGAAGAAGAGUAAAAAAAGAAAAUAAAAGAAAUGGAAAGAAAAGAAAAAGGUUUGGAAGUGGUGGAGGAUAGACAAAGGACAGGUAAAAAGAAAGAAGAAAGGAAACGAGAUAUGGUACUGAUAGUAGGGAAAAGAGGAGGCCCGUCUACUCCAUCACCUACUUGGAGACUUGAAUUCUCUUCUUUGGCUGGAACUAACAGUAGCAGCAACAACCCUAUUCAGGAAUUCCUCAAUACCAACACUGGUGUUUCUGCUAGAAAACUUUGUGCCAAUCUUUGGGAGAUUCAGCCCCACCUUCAACUUUCACUUUCUAAAAUGACCAAGAGUCUUCGUCCUAGAGGGGCUCGCUACCACAAGAAAAAGAAGCCCUUUGAAUUUCCUUCUCAUUUGGUGGAACCUCCUAAUCACCCACCUCAUCAGCCAGCAAGCGCAAGUCCCUCAAGGAAACAUGUGACACAAUCGUUGAUGCAACACCGGCGAUCAGUUGGUAAAAACAGUCAUGCUUCAAAACAUCUAUCUUCUUCAAGUUGUGGCAGCUUAAUGGAGGUAGCGCCAUAUAAACCUCUAAGGACUCCUUCAAGUUCUUUAAAUUCUAAGGGCAAGAUAAGGGAAUCAAGUUAUAGCCUUAAGACGUCAGCAGAAUUGCUCAAGGUACUCAAUCGGAUUUGGAGUCUUGAAGAGAAGCAAUCAUGCAAUAUGUCGUUGUUGAAAUCUUUGAAAACGGAACUAGGCCAUUCUCAAUCACAGAUAAAGGAGUUGCUAAAAGAGAAAGAAACUAGCAGGCGGGAAAUGGAUGACUUAAUGAAACAAGUUUCAGAAAAUAAUUACCUUAGGAAAAAUAAGGAGCAAGAUCGAAUAAAAUCUAUCACUGAGUCGGCAAGAAAAGAGCUAGAAGAUGAGAGGAAGUUAAGGAAGCACUCAGAGAGCCUGCACCGAAAGAUAGCUCGAGAGCUUUCUGAAGUCAAAUGUGCUUUCUCCAGUGCCUUAAAAGAACUAGAAAGAGAGAGGAAAGCAAGGAUUUUGUUGGAAAAGUUGUGUGAUGAGUUUGCUAAGGGAAUAAGAGAUUAUGAACAAGAAGUGCGAUCCCUUAGGCAUAAACCAGAGUUGGAUCAUAUUGAUAGGGGAAAGCCUGAUCGCCUGGUUCUCCACAUUUCAGAAGCAUGGCUUGAUGAGCGAAUGCAAAUGAGACUAGCAGAAGCUCAAAAUAAUUGUGCUGAAAAGAAUACAAUUGUUGACAAGUUAAGUCUAGAUAUAGAAACCUUUCUCGAAGCUAGACACUCCAAUGGAUUGAGGAAAGAUGGUAGCUUUGUUACUGAAGCCAGAAACAACAAUUGGUCACGACGGGAGUCCUUUCCAUUAAAUGAGGCUGUAAGUGCACCUGAAGAUGCAGCCGAGGAAGGAGAUUCUAUUGAUAGCGAUUCACGUUUUGAACUAAACAAGAGUGCAGGUAAAAGACAAAGUAUAAGCAGCUCUAAACGACGAGGUAAUAUUUCUUCGGGAGCUCAGCUUGAGGAAAUAAUGAAAUCAGAUCGUAUGAAGAGAAUGGCUGGGUCAAGGGAAAAUAGCAAGGGUCGUCGCUUAGCUGGAUUGCAUGCAAGAUUCAACUUAAAUGAUGAGUUGGAUAACUUAGUCAGAAAUCAUUCCAUGUCAUCUGAAGGUGAUAAAAUUCACCCUGAAGUUGAUAUCAAAGAAGAUUCUUAUGUGGAGCCUGUUUCUGCGGGACAUGCAAGUCCAGUACAGAAGUGGAUGUCAAAAUUGGCAUCUCCAGAAUUCGAAAAAUCAGAAUCUUCUCUGCAAUUGCCUAGAGGUGUAAAGGAAAAUACUUUGAAGGCAAAGCUGUUUGAAGCGAGAUUGGAGGGUGAGAAAUCCCGGUCAAAAGUCUCUAAAGCUUCCGUGUAAGAGAUAUUAGAUAUGCCUGAGAUAACAAGCUUUCUCAGAGCGAAGUUUUUGUAUGCAAGUAGCAGUCAAGAUACUUUCUUCUAACACGCUCUGUUCUGUAAUGUUUCUGUGCAGAUGGUAUGUUAGUUCUGCACUUGUAAAUUUAGGAAUUAAUUUUGUAGAUGGAAAAUGUGUUAGUACUUUCAUUAUGAUAUGAAUGAGCUAGAAAUGUAGUCCCUCUUGAACCUUGAAAAGUUCUCUCUGAGAAAGCUUGUUAUUUCAGUCAUAUCAAAUAUUUCUUGCAAGGAAGCUUUGGAGACAUUUGAUUCUUUUGGAGACGGGCUAUGAAAAUGGAUUCCAUAAAUCUAAAUACCUGUCAUUUCAUCUCGAGCAACAUCAUGUGAUUUGAAGACAUAUCUAACAUCUAAGUAAUCAUUGCGGUUAUCCUGUCUG